CCGGAUGUGAGCACACAAACUUCAAGAGGAGGAGGAGGCGCUAACGUAGGAGUUUGUUUUAUAUGAAAACAAAAGUGAUUGUAGAAUAUGUGGUAAGAAGCGGUGACCUGAGGUGUGUGUUUACCCGGGCACGAUGACUACUCAGAGAGUGCUUCCUCAGAGCAAAGAGACUCUACUGCAAAACUACAACAAGAGGCUCAAAGAUGACAUCCGCUCCAUUAUGGACAACUUCACAGAAAUAAUCAAGACAGCAAAGAUUGAGGAUGAGACACAGGUAUCCCGACCUACUCAGGCAGAGCAGGACCAUUAUGAGAUGCAUGUCAGAGCAGCCAACAUUGUACGUGCCGGCGAGUCCCUCAUGAAGCUGGUCUCUGACCUGAAGCAGUUCCUAAUUCUCAACGACUUUCCCUCCGUGAAUGACGCCAUCAGCCUGCAGAACCAGCAGCUCCGCUCGCUACAGGAAGAGUGCGACAAGAAGCUCAUGUCACUCCGUGACGAGAUUGCCAUCGACCUGUAUGAGCUAGAGGAAGAAUAUUACUCCUCCAGGUAUAAAUAGGCUCAUACUUGCCCCCAUCCCUCAUCCCAUUGCGCCUCUGUCGUCCCAUUCCCGGUACCGCUGUUUCACAUUUCACCAUUUACACUGAGCCCUGGGAAGGGCUUGUGACAGUGUCUAAACUGAGCUUUUCAUCAAAAUUGUUAUAGGUCUUUGUAAUGAACCUCAUCUCACCACAAGCGCCUUUACAUUGUUACUAUUUAGUGCGUGCCUUGACCUUUUUAAAAGAAAUCAUUAUAAGAGAUGAUUAGAGGGAGGUCAUGCCCUUAAAUAUCAGCACUUUGGAACCAAAAACAACAGAUUUAAUGAUUUUACUUCUAAUGGUUGGUGCUAGAUCAAAUCAACUAGAAGAGACACUAUAGUCUGCUGUGAUUGGUUGUUUCAUGGAUAGGUGACUGAUGAAGCUCUAGGAAAAGAUCUUGUUCAUAUUUUCAUUGUCCCUUGUGAUUAGUAGGCGAUUGGUUAUCACCAGUCUGAUUUAAAAACUACCCAAUCACAGCAGAGCAACUAGUCACUGCCUAGGAACUAGUCUGCAGGGUCCGCUGGCCUAGAGAGAUGUUUACCCAACAUUAUCUGGUACACAGGAGAGAUUCAGAAUUUAUAAAUCUUAGUAUUGAGAACUCCUUGUUCAUUUAUAGUAAUAGAAAAAAUGAAAAGAAUGAACAAAGUUUAUUAAAAAUCUAUCAUUUAAAGCACUUGAUUUGCUGUUGUAUCCAUGGAUGAAUUGUUGAAAUUUGCUGCGUACUACAAAGAACACGUAUAUAUAGAUUUAUAGAUAUUUUUUUCUGUGUGUAAAAGUAUCAUUUUAAUCAUUUUAAGAUUAUUUAUAUGUAGUAUUUAAAUCAAAUAAAGUUGUGAUGGCCUUUUGUGUUACAUUUUAAGGAUGGACUGUGCAGUUAAACACACACGUUUGCUGGUAUUUAUUUAGAGUUUCCACAAUAGAUGUUUUUCAUUCCGUCCCUAAAAUCUAAAAGGUGUAACCUUAACAUCAGUGUCAGCCACAGUCGCACGGUGCAGUUGUACAUGUUUACCAGUUUUUGCCCGCUGUUCCAAGAGACCCAGGAUGAUUAAGAAAUAAAGUAGAGACGAAAUGUUGAA